AGAUUAAAUUUGUAAUCGUUCUUUCAAUUUUCGUCCUAAGAAAGGCUCUCAUCUCAAUUUCUCAAGGAACUCGACAAUACGGCCAUGGAGACCAAUCCCGCCGCUGCCGUCGUCGACGUUAGCAAUACCCCAAGCAUUCCGCCGGAGAAACGGAACCGUUCUAUCUUCAACGUCCCGCCGGACUUCUUCGCUUCCUGCAAACUCCUUCGUUCUCCACAUUCAUACACCUCAUCAACCAGCGGCAGCUACAGCUCAAGCGCAGAAAAUCCAGUCGAUUCGGAGCAGAAUUCUAGGGAUUUCAAAGAAAGUUCCGUUGCCCAAAGAUGGACCUGCAACACAUGCAAGGCCGAGUUCGAAUCCCUCCUCGACCAGCGUUCGCACUUCAAAUCCGACCUCCACCGGUUCAAUGUGAAGCUAAGCAUUGCUGGAAAGAAUAUUGUCAAGGAGGAUGAUUUUGAUGAGCUGACAUCUGAUUCUUUCAGAGACUUUGAUGUGUCAAGUAUUUCUGGAUCAGAGGACGAAACAGAGAAGGAGAUUUCCUCUCGGAAUGAAGGGUCUAAGGUAACAAAUGAUAGUGUGAACAAGAAGAAGUUGUUCAUUCAUCUUCAAACAGGUGAAAGAGUUUCGGUUUGGAAGUGUUUGCUCAUAAAUGAGUCGGAUAGUAUUUCGUAUGAGGAUGAUAAAACAUCGGUCGGCGGUAAUGGUAUUCAUUCACAAUAUCUUAGAGAGAAUGAAGUCAUAGCGAGAUUGAAAUAUCUAAAUCACGAGCCAAGAGAUGGCACCCAUUUGCGGAUAGUGUUGCUUGCAAGUGGUGGGCACUUUGCCGGUUGUGUUUUCGACGGGAACUCGGUUGUAGCUCAUAAAACCUUUCACAGAUAUGUAGUGAGAGCCAAGUCUGGAAAGAAGCAGUCAUCGAAAGAUGCAAGUGGCAAAACAAUCAGUUCUGCCGGGGCUUCACUUCGUCGUCAUAAUGAACUCGCGUUGAAGAAGGAAAUUCAAGAUCUCCUAGCUGCUUGGAAGUCCUAUUUUAAUGCUUCUUCUUGCGUUUAUAUUUAUGCUCCUUCAAACAACCGGCAAUUACUUUUUAAUGGGGAUAAGCCAUAUUUUAGCAAUCAGCGUUCUGCUGUUCGGAAUAUUCCUUUGACUGUUCGAAGGCCUACGUUAAAAGAAGCUCGACGUGUUUAUGAACAAUUGGUGCAAGUAGCAUAUGAAGUAGAAGAUAAGGAAAUAUUGUCCACCAGUGAGCACAAUUCACCUUCAAGUGUAGUUACAACAGACAAUGGCACCCAAGAUAUAGGUGAACCGAAGGUUAUUGGGGACUUGGAAAAGGAUGCUUGUACACAUCUUGAAGAAUCUGUUGAACAUCCAAUAACUAGAGAGAGUGAAAGUGAAAGUAUUUGUAUAACUACACCUCUGCAUGAAGCAUCACAGACUGGAAAUGCAGAUAAGGUUUUGGAACUCCUUAAACAGGGUCUUGAUCCUUGCGCCAAAGAUGAACGAGGACGGACUCCUUACAUGCUAGCAACUGAAAAGGAAGUCCGAAAUAGCUUCAGAAGGUUCAUGGCUUCAAACCUGGAUAAGUGGGAUUGGAAUGCUGCUAAAGUGCCGAGCGCGCUAACCAAGGAAAUGGAGGAAUCACAAGCUGCUAAGCAGGCAGAAAAAGAUGCCAAGCGAAAGGCACGAGCGAAGGAAUUGAAGAAGUUAAAGAAAGAAAAGGCCAAGAAAGCACAGGCCGAGGCCGAGGCUGCUGAAUCUCAAAAAGCUGCAAAGGCGGAACACGGCAGAGGAAUCGGCUCUAUUUUGAAUCCUCGAGCUGAAUCAACCAGUGGAAAACUGAUUACCAAAGAGAUGGUACAGGCUGCCGAGCGCGAAAAGAGAGCAGCAGCUGCCGAGAGGAGAAUCGCAGCCAUGGCCGCAGCUGCAGCCACCAAUGGUUCCUCGUCAACUAUUCCGAACAGCUCUCAGACUAAAACCGGGUUAGCCGGGGACAUCAACUGUUCCUGUUGCGGUAAGUCGCUAGCUGGUAAGGUUCCUUUCCACCGGUACAACUAUAAAUAUUGUAGCUCAACAUGCAUGCAUGUACACAAAGAGGUCCUUGAAGAAAACUAGCAUGGAUUAUUAUGAGGUUGAUACUCCUUUUACUUCAUAUCACACCAUUCUUUUCGUCCUGUUCAUCUGAAAUGCUUUAAGAACAAUGUCAGAUUAUUUGAAAGUUUCAAUUAUAUCUGCUUCUCUCCUUUUGGUU